AAAGGCGUUUGAGGUUUCCUCUUCCUGUAGAGAAACUCAAAACACAGAGACGCUGCGUGUGAGAUCAGUUAACAUUCACUUCAGGACGUUACACCAUGCUUCUCCUGAGCGUGAUGCUUGUGCUGCUCGCCGCGGCUGUGAAUCCAGCUCAGGGUCAAGUCAUAAAAGAGAUCAAAGAAGAUAGUGUCAUUUUGGACUGUGAGGCAGAAGAUGCUACGGUAAAGUGGUUUAAGGAUAAAACCGAAGAUAAAGAACAAACAAAAACGACCUUUGAAGCUAAAGCUAAACAGGGAGUAGUUGAAGGAGUCUUCACCUGUGAAUUUUCAAAGACAGAAACAAUUCAAAUAAAGCACACCUUCUACCUCAAAAUAAAAGUGUGUGAGAACUGCUAUGAGUUGAGCGGUUUGACUGGGUGGGGCAUCAUGUUCGGAGAUGUACUGAUCACAGGAGGAGUUAUUAUCAUCAUCUACUUCUGUGCUGCCAGAAACAGCGACGGCCCACCGAAGAAAGCAUCAAAUCCCCGAUCAGUAAACCCUCCUCGACCUCCAAACCCAGACUACGCGGCUCUGGAUCCAAAGAUGCGCAGCGGCAAUGCUUUGUACGCAGGCCUCAAUAAAUAGAUGCUGUUCAGACGUCUGGAUUACUGUAAA